AAGAUAUUAUUUAAGAUAGUGGUAAACUAGUAAAUACUAAAUAGUAAAUAAUAUGUUAUAUUAUGACAUUAUGUAGCAGUUGUAGUAGAGCGGUCUUCUUCUGUAACUUUUUCAUUUGACUCCUAUAAUAAGUAUAACAGUAUACUAUAAAAAAUAUAAAAAUCUUACAUUUAGUUACAGCGUAUAGAGUACAUCAAUAAAAAGUGUAGGUGAUCUAUCUUUCAAAAUAUAUUUUACAUAAUAUAAUAUUGGUUUUGUAUAUGCUAUAUAUAUAUAUAUAUAGUUGUAUAUGGUUAUACUAUAAUUGUUUUAUCCAUUAUUUACUCUUAAGACUAGACACCUGUGGAUAUUGUUCACAUAAUGUUAGUUCUAGUCACAGCAAUAUUGUGCAGUUGUAUUGGCCAUAUACAUAGUGAAGAUCAGUGUAAUGGUUUGUACAGUGAUUAUUCUCAUCAUUUAUCAUCAAAAACUCCGUAUAGAUAUGUAGCCAACCAUAAUACAGAACCGGUCAACUUCGAAGGUUGUAAGGCAUGGAAAAUUUGGCUUGUUCAAAGACAUGGUACAAGGACACCUGGCAAAGAAUUAGAUCAGUUUGUCAAAAACAGAUUACCAGAAAUUCAAAAAGACAUUGUAAACAAUUUGAUUGAGUGCAAAUUAUGCAAUGAAGAUGAAAUAAAAUUAUGGACGUCUCAUGAAGAAAUAGAUGAUCAAAAACGAUUAACCAGAGAAGGAGAAGACGAACUUUUAGCGCUUGCUGAACGUAUGCAACUUAGAUUUCCUAAUUUAUUAAAUCAACCAUAUGAAAGUACAAACUUUUUGUUUAGAUUUACUGAUACUCAAAGGACUAGAGUAAGUGCUAAACAAUUUGCAACAGGAUUGUUUGGACGAAAUGACGUUAAGAAAGUAUUAUUUGAUGAACCAUUAGCUAAAGAUCCAUUAUUAAGGUUCUAUAAAGUUUGCCAAAAAUGGAGAAAAGACGUUAAAAAAUCCUCUUCGGCAUCAGCUGAAUACCAACAACUUGUUGAAUCUCAAUUAACUAAUGUUACAUUAAAAAGUUUAUCUUCAAGACUUGGACUUGGUUACACGUUAACAUUUAAGGAUGCCAAGAAUAUAUAUACUUACUGUGCUUUUGAAACUGCUUGGGAGAAAAAUAAAGUUUCACCAUGGUGUUCAAUUUUUAAUAAAUCUGAUUUUAUGCUUUUCGAGUAUAGUGAAGAUUUGAAGCAUUAUUUGAUAGAUGGUUAUGCUUAUGAGUUAUCAUACAAACAAGCUUGUGUCUUAUUAAAAAAUGCAAUUGAAUAUUUUGAUGAUCAAGAUCUAAAUAGCAAAAAUGGUAUUUUCUAUUUCACCCAUUCAGGAACAAUUUUGAAAAUGCUCGGAUUGUUAGGUCUUUAUAAAGACGAACAUAAGUUAAAACAUGACAACUAUUUUGAAAUGGAGAAUCGGCUGUGGAGAACUUCGAAAAUUGAUCCUUUUGGUUCAAACAUUGCAUUUGUUUUAUAUAAGUGUAAUAAUAAUGAUACUAAGAUACUAACAUUACACCAAGAACGAAUUGUCCAUAUUAAUGGUUGCAAAGAUAACCUUUGCUCAUAUGAACAAUUUAAACAACUGUUUGCUACGGAACUUCAAAACUGUAAUUUUGAGGAAAUGUGUAAUAUUGACUAGAUUGUUUAAUAUUUAAGCAUACAUAAAAUUAUUUUAUAUAUGUAAAAAUUAUUUUUUUUAGUUGCCAUAGGUUAUUUUUAUAUUAUUAACUAUAUCACAACAAAAUAAUACUACCAAUUAUUUUGUUGGGAUACAAAGAUUUGAAGAAAAAUGUUUACAAUUUUAUUUUUGUAUUUAUUUUCUGAAUUAUUAUAUUAUAUUAUUGUAUUCUGUUUUAAUUAAAAUUUAAAUGUAAUGAAAAUAUAUCAUAAUUAUUUUAAAUUACAAUACAAA